CUCACCGGUUUCAUGUCGCGUUCUCUGCCACUGAGCAUUGACACCUCCGAAGCAGUGAAUGCCCACGAUAAUUCUGCUCAACACAAAACACAAUCGCCCAACGUCGACGCUACUUCAACUUCCACAACAACUGUCGGCAGCAAACUCUUCAACCACGACCAACAUCAACCACACGAAGUCAACAACAAUGCACUUGAACACCCUAGCGGGGACGAUGAUUCUGCUGUUGCCUCGCACUCCCAGGGCUAUGUUGCCGAAGUGGACAAUGCUGCGGUGCUUCCGUACGACGAACACGACGACGACCAAGAUCAGUCAGCGGAGACUCUGAAUCAGCACACAAAUUUCAUUUUCAACUGGCACUCCAAGAACAGCGACAUCAGCGCCAUCGAACCACUACAGAAGCCUGACAUAAAUGUACUAACCAUUGCCACACUCUCCGAUUUGCAGAAGCCGUUGCUCUUUGGGCUGAUCGCUGGUACUUUCAUGAUCACCUUGGUGCUGAUUGCGUACAGGUGCUCGGUGGCACAGCAGCGUUUGGCCGACAAGGACAUGCUCAUAAGCGAUGGCGAUGGCUUGCAUGCAGUUGUAGUGUCCUUGCCGCCCGCUGCCGUGCUAGCUGCGCGCGCUAACAACAAAGUGGCGACACGAAAAGCCACGGAAGCCGCUCGGAACGCCUGUGGCGCUGGGGCGCAAGGUGCGACGUCACUAGCAUAUCAGCGCGGCAGCGAUGAAGAGGGUGAGGAGCAGUACGAGCGCGGCGUGGAGGAAGUGUGUAGCAAUCCGGCGAUUUGCUCGAGAAACGCGCUCAAAGUGUAAGUGAAUGUAGGCGAGUACGAAGCGUGUGGGCGCGCGCGCCGGUCAGUCAGCAAAAAAGGGGUGCUGGGGCGUAUGAGUAACAAAAUGAAUUGAUUGAGAUUAAAACAGGAAUUAAGUUACACACACUAAACGGAAUGCGGAUAAAUGCAUUUGAGAAGGAGGGAAAAAAAUAUUACCUUUAGCAAAGUAAGCAGCAUUAAUGUAAGGCUACAACUAAUAUGUAAAUUAAGCUACUAAAUACAGGCGGCAAUUAGGCGGCAAACUAAUCAUUUAUGAUUUACAAAUAAUUGUGGAUGUUCUCGUUUCAACUACUUUUCGAUAGACAUGCCUACAUUUAAGCAAACAUAAAUAUUUAGCUGUACAAACAAACAAACCAACAAAUAUUUAGUAUAAAUAUGAGUGCACUUGCACCCGAAAACAUACAUAUAUUAACAUUUAGGCUAAAAAUCGAUAUUCAUUCUAAAUAGUCAUUCGUUGCAAAAUUAUGCGUUUGUGUGAUGCCACGUUAAAUGUGGUGGUGCCGACGGUAGUUGAGGCGCUCUCUCGAACACAUAUACAUACGUAGAGUUUAGUAUAAUUAUGUAAAAUUGCAUAAUUCAUUAUUCACAGUCAGUUGAUUGCAUUCAUUUGCGUUUGAAUUUGCUACAAUUAAGCAAUUAAGGGAGUGCUCUGUUCUACGAAUGCGUAACUAGUUUGUAUGUGUGCCAGCGUGUAAUAAUUUGAAUGUGCUUGUGCAAGUUUAAUUACUAGAAAUUUAAACUGACAGCUGUGUGUGAGGGUGUGAAUAUGGAAAAUGUGUAUAAGAUCUGAAUAGAUUUAGCUAAGUUUUGAGUGAGUUGUGCAGUUGUAGCGUGCAGCGUCGAAAGCACUUUGUGUAAAUAAUUUUAGGGCAUUUUAAUACUCAAAUAAUAAGUAAGUAUGAAAGCAGUUGGCAGGAGCUUCCUUCCAAUGUUAAAUUCUAAGGAAAGAGUAAAAGAAGGCAAAGGUUUAUGCGAACGAAAUUUCCACAAGGCGCAUAUAAAACAAGAAGAAACAUCUGCUCUAGAUCAAUUCUGUGUAAUGGUGGACCUUAUUUCCGUCCCAUUUUUCUAAUCAUUCACCUUUGCGGCGGCAAGGCAGAAGUACCCAAAGUCUACCGCCGCACCAUUUUUUUAUCUCCUCAAUGAAAUUGUAUACCAGAUACCUGCACAUGUAUGUAGCUAGACCUUCUGAGAUCGAAAACAAUAUAAUUUUUGCUCGCCUACAGACCCUCAAGGACUCCUAGUUGUUGCUGAGCUUAGUACUCACACAUUUCCAAAGCCACUUUUAUGGCUGAAAAUAGGGGUACUAAAACUAGAUGCAGAUGGUCAUAUAAAUAUCUCCGUAACAAUUACUCCAGUGCAACCAGGCACCCAAAAGAAGCAAGAUUAAUAUACCUACAAAUAUAAUUUAAAAGCUUGCAAUUCUCUAUUAGCCUGAAAAAUGGUAACGGAGUAGGCAAUGCCUUGAGUACAGUUUUAAUUACCUCCUCAACAAAUUUCCACCACGUAGUCGAUGACCUUGGGUAUUGCAAAUUGUAGCUUGGUAUACCGUGGUAUAUUUCUCCAGGGAGAGCUGCGAAUACUUUCACCGUUGUUUUGGAUAUAAGCUACAGAUACUGACUUUGUGUCACUUUUGGAGACUUCAACAAAGAUUGGAGAAUGUGUUUGCGAGAGUUUAGCGAUGGCAGAAGCCCCAAGGUGUUGUAGUUAGUGGAAGUUCCUAUAUAGAACACAGCCAUAUUCCUGUAGAAAGCAGCAAACAGCCUUAAAGGACAUCCCUUCAUCUUUCCUUUGCACAAGAGGUCGCUCAGGAGAAAAUAUAUCCUUGAACUGAGAAUCGCUGAAUUUGACCUCAGUGCGUACUCCGUAUAAGCUUUCAAUGUGGGAGUUUGUGAGAGCUUUGUGCGAGCUUAAGGUCCGUUCUUUGACCUGUAUUAUAUAAGCUUUUGAUAUGCUCAACGCAAGGAAAUACCACUUUUUUCCAUUUAUCUUUACACAAACUGUCAGCUGCUUUCAUUUGUGAAGUAUUCGACUAGUUGUUUUUUUUUAUUUUUUACUUUAAAAGUGCAAUCGAUUAGAAACCAUAAAAAAGAAACAGAAAGUAAAAGCGAUAUUUGUAUUAAGGAUUGUGUAUCUAAGAGUAUUUAUUACGUUAAGAAUGUAGUGGUAAACUUAAUUGCUCAAUUUGUAAUUUGAUAACUGCUUUGCUUUUCAAAAUAAAUUUACUUCGGAUUUAAUGCUGCUUCACUAGUGGAAAAAUAUUUUGAAAAGCAUACGGUAGUUAAACUAUUUAAAAAAAAAAAAAAAUCCCGUGACUUCCUUUCACAACCGCACACAAAAGCACUUUCAUCCAAGCACCAGUAUUAACACAAUCCUCUUCCUUACCCUCAAUAACAGUACAUCUAAAAAUUUGAAUUUUUCAAAAAAAAAAAAUUUUUUUUAAAUCAAAGCUCUGCAGUGAAAAACAUAACUUUUUCUUAGUUAUAAUUUUUUUUUAAUAAUUAUUCUAGAAAAGCGCAAAAUCAAAACUAAGCGAAUUUUUUAGUGAAAAUUUUCAGAAAGAAUACGGAAGGAAUUUAACAGCGAAUUUGUUUAUACAUGUGUGUAUUGGUGUGCAAAAAGCAAUUAAAAAAAA